AUGAUGGAUGAUGCUGCAAAGAAAGCACGAGAUGAAUAUCUCAAAAAAUACCUUGGCGGAGAUGACAAAAAAUCAACGAAGAAACAUAAGAAGAAAAGAAAGAAAACUGGAUUGAAAAUUUAUGAAGACGAUGCUUUCGCUGAUGUUGCAGCAUGUAUCGAGCAAACUUCUUCAGAUGAUGAUAGCAGCAAAAAUAUUGAAGUAUUGGAAAAGGUAAAAGAGCUACAUUCAUUGUCGAAGUUCAAGCCUGCAGCAUUUGAAGCUGUCGAGAUCAAAACAGAAAUAAAUUCACCAAGAAAACGACAUGAUUCUUCAUCGGAUGAAAAUGUUGUACCAGAUGAAAUAUCUCUUCCGACUACCAGUUCAAAAGUAUGGGAAAGUGCUUCAGUCAAGAAUAAGGAUUGCUCUAUUGAUCAAAAAAUUGCAAAACAGACCAAGGCCGACUCAAAUAUUUCUUUUCCAGUUCAGAAAAUAAAGGAUGAACCACUUGAUUCAGACGCCUCGCCUCCAAGAAGACCAACGAAUUACGCGACUCGAAAUUUUAACGACGAUGAUUCGGAUGUUUCACCUCCAAGACGCAGACAACCGACAAAUAAUUCUGACUCAGAUCUUUCUCCACCACGUAAACACGAUGAUUAUCAUGGAAUUUCAAACCGUAGAAAAGAAUUUGGGGAUUAUGAACAUCAAAAACGGAGGCGAAGUAGUAGUGUCGACUCUUGUCGACAUAAAGGAAAUAAGUGGGAUUCUAAUGCAUCACUAUAUGACAAAAGCGUUGAACGAAGGCGAAAGCAUUAUGGAGAAGAUCGAGACAAAAGUUCUAGUAGACUUCAUAGACGUCGUGAAGGUCAUCAAGGACGAAAAGAUUCUUUUGAUGAUAGUAAGACGUCACAUCAUAGUAAAUGCAAUCAAACAAAUGACGAUGACGAUGAUGUUAAACCGAUGAUUGGAAAAAGCACUGGUCUUAGAACACUGGAAUCCCAUCGAGAAGAAAUGAAACGACUUCAGGACGGCGAAACAAAAUUACUCAAGAAUUGGGACGAAUACACAAGUGGUAAAAAUGCAGCAGUUAUUCGUCGUGCCAAAUUAACUGGUAAAGAACGUGAAAAGAAGGAACGUGAAGCUAAAAAGCAACAAGAAUUAGAGGAGAAGUAUAAAAUUUGGAACAAAGGCUUGCGACAAUUAGAAGAGCGAACUCAAAAAUUAAAUGAAAUGGCUCGAGUGGCACAAGAAGAUUUUACACGUCAUGCUGACGAUAAAGCAAUGAAUGAACAUUUGAAAAAGCAAUUGCACGAGAAAGAUCCGAUGUAUAAAUACGUAAAAAAGAAGAAGGAAAAUGCAGAAAUAAAAAGUGGGACUGCAUAUCCAAAAUAUAAGGGAAGUUGGCCACCGAAUCGUUUCAACAUUGCGCCAGGUUAUCGAUGGGAUGGAGUAAAUCGUUCAAAUGGUUUUGAAGAUCUAAUAUCUCAAACGGCUAAUCGAAAAGUGGCUCAACAUACCGAAUAUUACGAAAAUAUUGCGAAAUAUGAAGUCUAA